CUUGCAGAAAUAUAAUGCACAUUGGCCAUUUUCUGACUCUUGUAAUGGUUGAGGAUUAGGGGUCCAUUUUAUUGAAGACUUACAAUGAUAUCUUUGCUACUUUGCCAAUUAUAUACCAUAGAAAACUUGAUUUUUUACGGUUGAACAUUGUUACUGUGCAGAAGUCAUCAUAAUGGUAAAGUUAGAACAGUUACGUCCUCUUUGAAAAGGAGCCCCUGAAUUUAAUUUUCUGGGUAUGUUUUAUGAUGGAACAUUAUUCUUUCUCCCUGAUGUAAAAUGGAAACCUGGUAGGAACUAAGAAGUGAUAGCCAAUAUAUUUGUAUUUGUGUAUCCUUAGAACCUCCCCAGGUGGUGGAGAAUAUUCAUGCGUACACAUGUAUGUGCAGGGAAGCCUGAAUCAUAUGACCAGGGAUCUGUAAAGUGUUAUAUAGAGUCAUUUAUUGAAUGCUAAAUAUCAAAACUCACACCUCAGUCACAUUUGCUCUACAACGGCCGUACGUCAAGUAAAAGCAGCCAUUGUAUUCAUUUUUAUUCAAACCAACUCUAUGUAGCUUGUAAAAAAAAAGUUAAAACGGCUGUUUGCGACUCGACGUAAGGCUGCCAUAGAGCCAAUGUGACUGAGGUAUGAAGAACAGUCUUUUUCAAAUCAAUGUCAGUUUGUAAGGGAGCGUGGGCCCAGUGUGGGUAGCAAGACAAGAUGAUGAAACCCUUUUUACUGUAAAUAUAGAAACUUUUUACUUAAACUGACAUUUUACUUUAAUAAACUGUCAUUCAAGUAGCAAUAUGAAAAAUAAUUUCUUGUCAAAAGGUUAUCGUCAAUUUGCUUGGGAACAUGGACAGCAUGUCAUUUAAAGUCACUCCUUGCACUUGUAAAAGACAAGUAUAUAUUAUUCAAAUUACGUACUGCAUGAUCAGGCAAGCAAACUCUUGUAAAUGCAGAAUGAUAAUUUUUUACAAUGACAAUUUUCCUAUUCCAAUCCCAAUUGAAUUGUACAGUAUGGUUUCUCUUUGUUUGGUGCGCCCAUCAUUAGUCAAUAGCCCAUUCAUAUACUAGCUGUUCUUGUAAAACCAAAUCAUCAGGGCUAACCCCAUGGACUACAGUAAAGAGCAGACUUGGCUUUAAUGUACAAUAUGUAUUUAACAGGACUCAUAUUAAAAACAAGUGUGAAAAGCAAACAAAAUGUUCCUGGGUUCAGGAAAGUAGGGCCACCCUUCAUGAGGGUUAAGGAUAUUACAGGGCUAAGAAUAUAGUGUUAUACAGUGAACAAAUGACAUACAUAGGGAGGAUUGACAAUGAAAGGACAUGAUCCAGCCACUUGUUGAGGUUUUCCUCCUCAAAUAUUGACAAUCAAAAGGACAGAGUGUAAGGUACAGAUUAGGACCUUGUUAAUUUAAAAUUAAUUGAUAAAUUAAUAUUUUGUGAUAGACAAGUUGCUUGCAUAGUUAGGGUUAUUCCCCCACCCAUAUCAUUGGCAUGGAAUCCAAUUGCUUUUAACAGUCACAAGGAAAUCUGCAUGUGUGAUAAACAUUUUAAAGCAUGGAAUAAAUUAUGUGGAUGCAAUAAAAUGGACAUCAUGUAGGAUGUGUAUAUUUUUUAUACUUUGUACGGGCCAGAGGUGGCCAGAGUGGGAAUACUGGUGGUAAAUACUGUCUCGAUAAUUUUUGAGGAAGAUGGGAAAUAGUUGGAAAUGCAGUGAAACACUACAAAAUAUACUUAUUUAAUGAUUUUGAAUAUUGCCCAGGUGUUUCUCAAGAAUAUUCUAGCAUUUCCCUCAAGUACUUCCAAGCAUUUACAUAUUUUUCAAAUAUUCCCCACCUGGAUGGGAAAUGCCUAAAUUUCCUUGGAAAUUGCUGACCCGGAUUUUGUAUAAUUCUAGGGCACAGCAUGGAAAGUAUUGAUGUGAUCACUUUGUCCUGAAUAGAUGUCAACUCCAUUUUCUCUUCUCCUUUCAGCAUAUGGUAAGGUAUUCCUGGUUCGGAAGGUCGGUAACCAUAACCAGGGUAAGCUCUAUGCCAUGAAGGUCCUAAAGAAAGCAACGAUCGUCCAGAAAGCCAAGACUGCAGAACACACUAUGACUGAGAGGCAGGUCCUAGAAGCAGUUAGAAGUUGUCCAUUCCUAGUCACAUUACACUAUGCCUUCCAGACUGACUCCAAGCUCAACCUUAUACUUGAUUAUGUGAGUGGAGGAGAACUAUUCACCCACCUUUAUCAGAGGGAGCACUUCAGAGAGAGUGAAGUCCGUAUCUACAUUGCUGAGAUUGUCAUAGCUUUAGAUUGCCUUCAUCAGCUUGGAAUUAUCUACCGUGACAUCAAGCUCGAGAACAUCCUAUUGGACAAGGAUGGUCAUGUGGUCUUGACAGACUUUGGACUUAGUAAAGAAUUCCUCACAAGUAAUGAUGACAGAGCAUACUCGUUCUGUGGAACGAUAGAGUACAUGGCUCCGGAGGUAGUGAGGGGCGGGAGUGACGGUCAUAACAAGGCUGUUGAUUGGUGGUCUCUAGGUGUGUUGACCUAUGAACUUCUUACAGGGGCUUCCCCAUUCACAGUGGAAGGGGAGAGGAAUUCACAAUCACAGAUAUCACAGUGAGUAUCAAAGUCACAAUCUUUGGGGAGCAUUGGAGGCAAAUAGUGAUUUUGUAGAUCGUGUUAUUUGGCUAAAUAGAAGGAAAAAAAUAAAAUAAAAGAAGAUGGAAUUAAGAUGUAUUUGCCUUUUUCCGGCAACCCAUUUUAUUGGAUAACAUGAUUAUUUUCCCCCUGUAAGAAAGAAUUUAAUUAUUUUCAUUCUUUUGUGAUGCACCUUACGAUUCAUAAAUCUAAAGUGCGCACAGUCAGCCUUGUUGAUGCGCUCACUUCCAUGCGCGCAAACACACGUGCAUACAAAAUAUGCAUGUACACAUGCUCAGUGGUAUACCCUGAGGGAGAGAGCUCAACUGUGCAGUGGAAAAAUAAAAAUGCAUGUUUGCAGUGCAACGGAAAAUAAAAUUUGUAUGCAGCACAAAAUGAAUCAAAUAUUGAAUGGCUUUCAAUCAAUCAAAUGACAAGAAUCUUUGAAUGAGUUGUAUGAUUUGAUAUCUUUUUGGUAAUUCCAAUCAACAAAAUUUCUUUUAAUUUUUGAUAUCGCAAUCUAGCUUACGACAUUAUUCCUUAGCCGUAGCUAAACAAGCUCAGCACAUGCACAAAAAAUGAAAAGACAAUUGUAAACAUUACUUCUUAUCGAUUACAAAAGGUGUCAAAACUUUAAAUUACAACAUAUUUUAGAAAGAUUAUAAGCCCCCCAAAAAAGAAGUCAAGAGUAUUUUCACAUUUUCAGUGCAUAUUUAGCAUAGAAGACGCUUUUGUUAUAAAUAUUGUUAUUU